AUGGACUCGGCCCCACCCCCAUAUUCUGCUGCAGUCGGUGGAAAUCCGGUACAAACUCAACCGGGACAACAGAUACAUACUCAACAAGCAGUUGUCCUUGUCCCGGUUAUUCUAACGACUCAAUUCAAAAUAGUUCCUUAUGACAAACCGUAUGUGGAGUACUGUCCGAUUUGUAAGACCAAUGUCACUACCCGAACGAAAUACGUGCCUGGCGGAUGUUGGAGUAUUGUCAUGAUACUAGCCAUCGUUUUCCUAAUACUUCCACUCCUCUUUCUCCUUUGCUGGUCUGGAGUCAAAGAUGUCAGACAUCACUGUCCGAAUUGUGGAUCCUUGUUGGCUUAUAAGAGAAGAAUGUGUGGAGGAAGCGGCAAUUAA